ACAAAUCAAUGUAGAAGAAGACAAACAUCAUAUUCGAAAGAUGGCGGUGAUCAAGGAAAAAGAUGGGAGACCAGGGAAACAGCCAGGAAAGGAAUCGCAGCCUUUGAUUAUUGCCAAAACUCCAGCAGAGGAGCAACGCUUGAAAUUGGAGAGAUUGAUGAGAAACCCUGAUAAACCUGCUCCUAUCCCAGACCGACCGAAAGAAUGGAACCCCCGGGCUCCUCCGGAGUUUGUGCGGGAUGUGAUGGGCUCCAGUGCAGGAGCUGGCAGUGGAGAAUUCCAUGUGUACAGACACCUUCGCAGGCGAGAGUAUCAGAGACAGGACUUCCUGGACAAGAUGACUGAGAAGCAAAAGAUGGAUUUGGACUAUCUUGACAAGGUGUCAGAUAACCAACAGGCAGCUGAUGAAAGAACAGCCAAACGCAGGAAGAAAAGGGAAAAGCUGAAGCAGAAGAAGCUUAUGGCAAAAAAAGCCAAGCAGGAUGCCAACAAAGGUGAAGAUUCUGAGAAGUCCUCCUCCAGCAGUGAAGAGGACGACCAGGAGAGGGAGGCUGAGGAUGAUGCAGAGGCGCCCAGUUUCGUCAUGGGGAAGAGAUGAAUGCAUGGCUCCAGGUCAUGAGACAUGCUCCAAGAUGAAAUUGAACAGUGGGACAACAUCUAAUACCAGUUCAGAAGUCAACACAGCCAAGCAACACAGCUUAGCUUUGAUCAAUGUCAUGGAUUUGAGACAUUAUCUGAGAGUGAACCAAGGGAGAUAAGCCUCUGUUAGGUAACUGCUGUUCUUCCCAACUUGUGGUUGUAGUUAGAUUCUUUGAAUUGAGGAUGACAAAGCUGGGUUGUAUUCAUUAGGCACCAAAUGGUCUGUAACAGGGAGGGACUACCUGAACUUGAAAUAAGACUGGCUCGUUUUUGUUUUUCGUUGCAAAAAACCUUUUGCUACAGUGUGCCCUGAUGAAUAUGAUUAUCAAGGUGUUAAUUUCAUGCAUGUCUCUACUUUGAAACUUGUUGUGUGAUAGCGUCAUUUCUCACAUUUUAUUUUAUACUAUGCUUGUAUAUAUUUUUCAUAGACAUCUGGGAAGAAUUGGGCCUAUAUUUGCUGUAUUUUACCCCAAUAUAAUCUUCUGGAAUGUAUUACUAAAUGAUAACCCAAUUUCACUAGAUAUACAAUUACUUUAGGUAGCACUUUCAAGCUAUUUCCACAAUACUCAGCAGGACAUAAUACUCAUAGGGGUCACUACACUCAUUCCACCCUCCGUGUGAAAUUCAUUUGGGGAAGGAUAAUAGAAUUGGUCUAGUAUUUGUAACAAGAGUAGUCUAGUACUAGUAUUUGUAGUCUUUAAUGGAAUGAGUUUUGAACUAGUUUGCUGGUAUAGCAUACCUUUUGACCUUGACUUGCAAAUCGGCGGUUCCAUUGUACAACAAGAUUGGUGUAAUGCUUUAUUUUCCUUCCUCAAAUAUGUGUAUUGUUGAUUGCCAACAAUCACCCACAGGACUAUCACCCACAGUUACUCAGUUUUCACACCUGCCAGACCGGUUCGGUGGCUAUUGUCAAGGGUCCUCCAGUGACAUCUCUACAGUUUUACAUAAAUGAGGAAUCAGGUUUUGUCCUAAUUUGAAAAACGCAUCCUACACCGUUUAAUCUCUGUAUCAAGUCCUAUAGUAAGUGUUUGACCUGAAUAGGAUAACUUACUUUUUCCCCCUACUGAACUUAUGUGAAAGUUGAGUAUACACUAUAUAUACAAAAGUAUGUGGACACCUCAAAUGAGUGGAUUUGGCUAUUUCAGCCACCUGUUGCUGACAGGUGUAUAAAAUCAAGCACACAGCCAUGCAAUCUCAGUAGACAAACAUUGGCAGUAGAAUGGCCUUACUGAAGAGCUUAGUGACUUUCAACAUGGCACAGUCAUAGGAUGCCACCUUUCUAACAAGUCAGUUUGUUAAAUUACUGUCCUGCUAGAGCUGCCCUGGUCAACUGUAAGUGCUGUUAUUGUGAAGUGGAAAAAUCUAGACACAACGGCCCAGCCGCAAAGUCGUAGGCCACACAAGCUCACAGAACUCUGUCCUCGGUUGCAACACACCUUACGUCUGGAAGCAACGUCAGCACAAGCACUGUUUGUCAGGAGCUUAAUGAAAUGGGUUUCCAUGGCCGAGCAGCCGCACACAAGCCUAAGGUACCAUGUGCAGUGGCAAGCGUUGAUUGGAGUGGUGUCAAGCUUGCCGCCAUUGGACUCUGGAGUGAUGAACCACGCUUCACCAUCUGGCAGUCCGACGGACGAAUCUGGGUUUGGCGGAUGCCAGGAGAACGCUACCUGCCCCAAUGCAUUGAGCCAACUGUAUAGUUUGGUGGAAGAGGAAUAAUGGUCAUUGUUUGGGCUAGGCCCCUUAGUCCUGUUGAAAAACAAAUGAUAGUCCCAUUAAGCACAAACCAGAUGGGAUGGUGUAUCGCUGCAGAAUGCUGUUGUAGCCAUGCUGGUUACGUGUGCCUUGAAUUCUAAAUAAUUCACAGACACCAGCAAGCCACCUCCUCCAUGCUUCACGGUGGGAAUCACUAGGCUACCCUGGGGCGGCAGGGUUGCAAGUUCAAACCCCUGAGCUGACGUGGUACAAAUCUGUCGUUCUGCCCCUGAACAGGCAGUUAACCCACUGUUCCUAGUCCGUCAUUGAAAAUAAGAAUUUGUUCUUAACUGACUUGCCUGGUCAAAUGAAGGUAAAAUAAUAUAAACAUGUGGAGAUCAUCCGUUCACCUACUCUGCAUCUCACAAAGACAGAGGUUCGAUCCAAAAAUCUCAAAUUUGGACUCAGACCAAAGGACAGAUUUCUACUGGUCUAAUGUCCGUUGCUUGUGUUUCUUGGCCCAAGCAAGACUCUUCUUCUUAUUGGUGUCCUUAUUUUGUGGUUUCUUUGCGGCAAUUCAACCAUGAAGGCCCGGUUCACUCAGUCUCCACUGAACAGUUGAGGUUGAGAUGUGUCUGUGACUUGAACUCUGAAGCAUUUAUUUGGGCUGCAAUUUCUGAGGCUGGUAACUAAUGAACUUAUCCUCUGCAGUGGGGGUAACUCUGGGUCUUCCUUUACUGUGGCGGUCCUCAUGACAUCCAGUUUAAUCAGCGCUUGGUUUUUGCGACUGCACUUAAAGAAACUUUCAAAAUGUUCCGCAUUGACUUACCUUCAUGUCUUAAAGUAAUGAUGGACUGUCGUUUCUCUUUGCUUAUUUGAGCUGUUCUUGCCGCAAUAUGGACUUAGCCCUAUCUGGUAAAAGACCAUCUUCUGUAUACCACCCCUACCAUGUCACAACACAACGGAUUGACUCAAACACAGUAAGGAGGAAAGAAAUUCUACAAAUGUACUUUUAACAAGGCACACCUGUUAAUUUAAAUGCAUUCCAGGUGGCUACCUCAUGAAGCUGGUUGAGAGAAUGCCAAGAUUGUGCAAAUCUGUCAUCAAGGCAAAGGGUGGCUUCUUUGAAGAAUCAAAAAUAUAUUGUGAUUUGUUUUAACACUUUUUUGGUUACUACAUGAUUCCAUGUGUGUUUUGUCUUCACUGUUAUUCUAAAAUGUAAAAAUAAAAACCCUUGAAUGAG